UCGUCUCCUUUCCUUCACCCUGUUUCCCUUUUUUUCGCACUCUUUGUCAACUUCUUCGUCUCUGUCUUCAGUGCUCCGCAAUGCGGCUCCCAGCCGAAGACAGCCUCGCGCGGCCGCGCGGCCUCCGUCUGUCUCUCCCAGUCUCUCGCCGCUGUCGCGGUCGCGUCUCUGCUGCUUCGCGUGGACGUCUCUCUCCUCUCGCAUCUGCGGUCUCCAUUCCUUUCCCCCCCCUCACGCGCUUCUCUCGCUUUUCUUCUUCUCUGCCUUCCUUCUGUGUCCACCGACGUCUCUUCUCGCUUUCUUCCUCCUCUCUCUCUUUCUGCUCUUCUCCCAGCCCCACACGCCAAGAAGUCUCUUCUCCCCCUUCUGCCUCUCGUUCAUCGUCCCCUCUCUCCUCACAUCUCUCCUCACAUCUCUCCUCUUCUUUCCUCUCUUCUCUCGGCUCUCGCCGAGCUCUGCAGACGCGUCCUCUCUCUGUUUGUCGCUCUCCGUCUCUCAACUCUUUCUCUUGCCUGUGUCACUUCGUUUCCUCUCUCACGCGGCCCUCGCUUUCGUCGCCUGCCCAGCGCGCUCCUCCCUCUGCUCUCUGCUCUGAUCCCUGUCUGCAUGUCGCCUCUUCCUCUCUGUCUUCUCCUCGCCGCUUCUCUUCGCUCCGGCUCUCGCAGAAGGACGCACGAGGUUCAGGGUACUUGCCGGCGCAGAGAUUUCUUUCGCUCCUAAAGGCAUCCCCAGAGGAGUAUCGAUCGCUUCUCCGAGAAGCUACACAGGCGAAAAUCGUAGAUCCGGCGUUUCUGCGCGUCGCGUCCCAGCGCUUCUUCGCGCUCUCAGAUCGAUUCUAUCCUCCAGAGAUUCUCGACAUUCUCUCUGACUUCGCGUCCUUCCCCUACUCCGACGAAGCACUCCUCGCAGCCGUCGCCGGCAGGCUCGAAGACCAGCUGGUCGAGCCUUCCCCGAAGCGCCUCGCAGCUCUUCUCUCGCUCUCCGCGCGCCUCGGCCUCUGUCACCCUUCGAUUCGAGAUCCGCUGACGAAGCAUAUCGAGGAGAAGAUGUAUGCGUUCGACGCCGCGCUUCUUGACUCUCUAUGCCGAACUGUGGGCAGUCUGCUGUCUCCUCGCCUUCCCCUUCUGGAUGGCCUCGCCACACAGGCGCAGCUUCUCGCCUCGGACCUUCGCGCCGGAGAACAGAGCCUUGAGACUGGAGACGAGGUCGCGCAAAGGAGAUACAUCGCCCUUCUCUUCAGGUGCCUGGAGGGUCUGAGUCGACAGCGUUACAGCCAAUCGGCUUUGGUGGACGCCUGCGUCGCUUGCGCCGAACAGCAUGGCCAGGCCUUUCCUCUCCACGACACUCUGCGCGCAGUCGCCGCCGCACGGCGCCUGGACCUCGCUGGGAUCGAAGAACCUCUCAGGAGGUCCGACAUGGCAGACAAAGUGAAUCGUGCGACGGAUCGCGGAGACCAGCUGCUCGCUCUCCUGCGUCACCUCGACCUACUGAGACUGCGCGACAGUCAGCUGCUCCAGAAGGUUUCAGAAGCCGUGGAACUUCACAGCCAAAAGGCGGCCUUUCUCGCGACGCAGCUGCCAGAGGCCCUUCUCCAUUUGACGCGCCUAGCGCCCGCUGACCUCCGGCUUCCUGUCGCUCUCUUGUCUCAGCCGUCCUUGCUGGCGAUGGCGCCGCGUCUCUCGGCUGCUCAGCUUCAGCAGCUUCUGAGCGCCUCGGCUUUGGUGCUCUUUCAGCAUAUCCAACGCCGAGAGGGUGGCCAGGGGGGCGACCCUCUGAUCGCCCGCGAGGCAGAAGCUCUGGCGAAGACUGUCGAGCGGUUCCUCGACUUGCUGAAGCCGCAGUUCCUCAGCUUGAAUCUCCGCGACAGGCGCGCUCUGAAGGAGGCGGCGAGCCUCUUUCUCGUCGAAGCGAAGGGAGCAGCCAAGAGCAGCGCCGCCUCUCCACAGUUCGCGCUCGCUCCAAAGACAGUCGACUUUUGCUGCUUCCUCGAGGAGGCGGACGUCGCCCCCCCCCUGCCGCUGGCUCCUUCGGGAGGUGUGGACUUCCAAUCUGUCGGCUUAGUUGAGGCAUGCUCGCGCCUGGUCCUCUGUGCCGACGCGCGUUUCUCCGAAACGCGCAACUCGGCGCGGGGGGCCUCCGAGGGAGACACCAAGAAAGGAGACAGCGAAAAGACCUCUUUGCCACAAACGGCUGGGAGGGAUAUGGAGGCGGCUGCAAAGCAAAGAGCGCUCCUGUUUGUGUCCCCGAGAGACGCAUUUGCAGAUGCGAGACGCAGUCGUGGAGAAACAGUGAGCAAGAGCAGCAAAGCGAAAGAGCGAGAAGAGACAACCACUUGCAAGUUAGGUGGAGUGUCGACGGACUUGCCGGUCUCGAUCACCCCGCAAGCAGCGUCGUCGCUGCUUCUCACGCAACUGGCACUCAUCAGAAGAGGAAUUCUGAGACACGAAAUUCAGACUUGCAUUCCACCGCCCACGACGGUCGACUGAAGCGCUUCCGCUUGAGCGCCCGUCUGGACCUGGAACGCGGGCAUCACCCGAGAGCUCGACAGCGAAGAGGGAGGAAAAGAAAGAAAGAGAAACACACGCCAGAUGAAGACAAGCCAAAGGAAGACAGACGGACGGACCGUGUCCGGGGUCAGCAGACUGCGGACGCGGAGACGAAGGGUGGUCGAACUCCAUGGCACCAUGUCUCUGUUUCUUGUUCCCGAACGCUUCCAUACUUCUGUUGUAAAGACGGCUCCUCGCUGGCGCA